CGCCAAGAGCGCGUCAUGUUUGACAAGAUCACGUCGCGCAUCCAGAAGCUCUGCUACGGGCUCAACGCCGACUUUGUCGACCCCGCCCAGAUCACCAUGAAAGUGAUCCAGGGGCUGUACAGCGGUGUCACCACAGUGGAGCUGGACACACUGGCUGCCGAAACGGCCGCCACCCUGACCACCAAACACCCUGACUACGCCAUCCUGGCUGCAAGGAUCGCCGUGUCCAACCUGCACAAAGAAACCAAGAAGGUGUUCAGCGAUGUGAUGGACGAUCUCUACAACUACAUAAACCCUCACAACGGGAAGCACUCGCCGAUGAUCUCCAAAGAAACUCUAGACAUAGUUUUGGCCAACAAAGAUCGCCUGAAUUCUGCCAUUAUCUAUGACAGAGACUUCUCCUACAACUACUUUGGCUUUAAGACUCUAGAACGCUCCUACCUGCUGAAAAUCAACUCCAAAGUUGCUGAGCGUCCUCAACACAUGUUGAUGAGGGUGUCGGUGGGGAUCCACAAAAAUGACAUUGAUGCUGCGAUUGAGACUUACAACCUCCUGUCUGAAAGGUGGUUUACCCACGCCUCCCCCACGCUGUUCAACGCAGGCACCAACCGGCCUCAGCUUUCCAGCUGCUUCCUGCUGUGCAUGAAGGAUGACAGCAUCGAGGGGAUCUAUGACACUCUCAAGCAGUGUGCGCUCAUCUCCAAGUCUGCUGGUGGGAUCGGCCUUGCUGUGAGCUGCAUCCGAGCCACGGGCAGCUAUAUUGCGGGGACAAAUGGAAAUUCCAACGGGCUCGUUCCGAUGCUGAGGGUCUACAACAACACUGCCCGUUACGUGGACCAGGGUGGAAACAAGAGACCCGGGGCUUUUGCCAUCUACCUGGAGCCGUGGCAUUUGGACAUCUUUGAGUUUCUUGACUUAAAGAAGAACACUGGGAAAGAAGAGCAGCGAGCCAGAGACCUCUUCUUUGCCCUCUGGAUUCCCGAUCUCUUCAUGAAGCGGGUUGAAACCAACCAGGACUGGUCCCUGAUGUGUCCAAACGAGUGUCCUGGCCUGGAUGAGGUGUGGGGAGAGGAAUUUGAGAAGCUAUAUGAGAGCUACGAGAAGCAAGGCCGCGUCCGCAGGGUGGUGAAGGCCCAGCAGCUCUGGUACGCCAUCAUCGAGUCUCAGACGGAGACCGGCACGCCCUACAUGCUGUACAAGGACUCCUGCAACCGCAAGAGCAACCAGCAGAACUUGGGGACCAUCAAGUGCAGCAACCUGUGCACAGAAAUCGUGGAGUAUACCAGCAAGGAUGAGGUUGCAGUGUGUAAUUUGGCCUCCAUCGCCCUGAACAUGUACGUCACUUCAGAGCACACGUAUGACUUCAAGAAGCUGGCUGAAGUCACCAAAGUUAUCGUGCGAAACCUGAACAAAAUCAUUGACAUCAACUACUACCCCGUGCCAGAGGCCGAGCGCUCCAACAGGCGCCACCGUCCCAUUGGCAUCGGCGUGCAGGGCCUGGCAGACGCCUUCAUCCUGAUGAGGUGCCCCUUCGAGAGCCCCGAGGCCCAGCGCCUGAACCAGCAGAUCUUUGAGACCAUCUAUUACGGCGCUCUGGAAGCCAGCUGCGAGCUGGCCAGGGAGCAGGGCCCCUACGAAACCUACGCGGGCUCUCCCGUCAGCAAAGGGAUCCUGCAGUAUGACAUGUGGAACGUCACCCCGUCUGAUCUGUGGGACUGGAAGGCUUUAAAGGAGAAGAUUGCUGCAUACGGCGUCAGAAACAGCCUUCUCCUCUCUCCCAUGCCAACUGCUUCGACUGCUCAGAUCUUGGGCAACAACGAAUCCAUUGAGCCCUACACCAGCAACAUCUACACGCGCAGAGUCCUCUCAGGAGAGUUCCAGGUGGUGAACCCGCACUUGCUGAAAGACCUCACAGAGAGGGGCCUGUGGAGUGAGGAGAUGAAGAACCAGAUCAUUGCCCACAACGGCUCUAUCCAGAACAUACCUGAGAUUCCUGAGGACUUGAAGCAGCUCUAUAAGACGGUGUGGGAGAUCUCCCAGAAAACCAUCCUCAAGAUGGCAGCAGACCGAGGAGCUUUCAUCGACCAGAGCCAGUCUCUCAACAUCCACAUCGCGGAGCCCAACUACGGCAAACUCACCAGCAUGCACUUCUACGGGUGGAAGCAGGGCCUGAAGACUGGCAUGUACUACCUGAGGACCAAACCGGCUGCCAACCCCAUCCAGUUCACCCUGAACAAAGAGAAGCUCAGAGAGCGGGAGAAGGCCUCCAAGGAGGAGGAGGAGAAGGCGAGGAAUAAAGCGGCCAUGGUGUGCUCCCUGGAGAACCGGGAGGAGUGCAUGAUGUGCGGCUCCUAACGGAUCCGCCCCGCGGUGCCAGCAAAGCC